GUUUCUGAUGCGCAUUGAUGCUUCCAAAUAUCUGCCCGACAUUCUUUUAUCAACUCGAAUAGCCAUCGGUUAUGACCCCAGAUAGUAAUCCAAGUAUAGAUGGGUUAAAGGAAGUUAGAGGUCUUAGAUCUUUUAUUGUUCUCCCAAAACACUAUUAUCCUGAACCAACCAUGGGCUUCAAAGAGAGUAUGGUUAACUUUAAGAUGUCGCAAUACUUGAGGAUAUUUGUGGUAGAAGGUUGUGAGUUUGAAGGGGGGAAAUUACCAAGCAAGGUGGGUGAACUAAUUCAUUUGAGAUACUUGAGUUUUAGGAAUUCUUAUGUGAGAGAGCUACCAAAGUCUAUAUGCAGCCUGCCAUACUUGCAGACCUUAGAUUUGCGAGUAUGGUACAGUGUUGCUAUUAGAUUGCCAAAUGUGAUAUGUAAGAUGAAAAGACUAAAGCAUUUGUUUCUCGAUCCCAAAAUAGAAGUGAUUGGAGGGGGGAAACUAAGACUAGGUGGGCUACAAGAGUUGGAGACGUUAGAUGAGAUCAGCAGUGAGACAACUUGCAUUGCAGAUAUCCCUACAUUGAUUAGUCUACAGAACAUGUGUGUUUCUGUUCAUGAUGUGGAUGUGGAUAACAUGUCAAUUGUAUUGAACAACAAAAACAGCCAAUUACGUGAGAGUUGGCUUUCAGUUCACUCAUGUGAUUUCAGUUCGGAGAAAGGUAGAGAGGUUUUGAAUCACGGGUUGAUGUCUCCUUCGUUGGUCAGUUUGGAGAUAUGGUAAUGCAAUAUGGGUAGCAGUUUUCCAUACUACAAACCAGAGAUGUGUCAGAAUUUAGUAAAGUUGUGGCUUAGAGAAUGCAAGGUUAAGGUAGAUGUGAAGGACUUUGGCAAGUAUCCCAUGUUGCAAGA